GAAAAAGUAUUGACUGUGUAAGAGAACAUUAAAACAAAUACAGGUUCUCAUACAAAUUUUAAUUUGUAAAUUAAUUAGCUGUUAUUGUUAUUGAAUCAAUGUCAGAAUCAACGUUUGACAUAAUACCGACGGUUCCCCGCGAAGACCUUUGUGCCCUGCAAACGGUUAUAUCGAAAUUGGAAGACCAUUUAAAAAGUACCAAUGAAAAACUUGGGAAUUUGCGGAAACUCAUCAGAACCGAAUCGAAUCUUAAAUCACGCAAUAUUUACUUGAGUAAAGUAUAUUCCAUGGUGAAAGAGCAACACACAAUACAAAGAAUACUGGAAAGUUACAAAACAAAGUUAAAAGAUUUGGAAGCCCGUAAUAAACAGAAAUCGGAUGGAACGAAUAAUCAGCAGCAUACUAAAAAUGCAAAGCUCUUUGAACUCUUUCAUAAUUAUGAGCCAAUAGUAAGUAAAAAGUCACUUAAGCCCAAAGAAUUGCUACAGUUAUAAUAAUAUUGUGUGUGUCUUUUAAAGGAAACAAGUUUUGAGAAUAAGUCUGUUAAGACUUAUGAGCCUUUAGCUCAUCCGAAAAAGCGCAAGUCUGGGGACGAAGAGAAAAUUGUAGAUCUUGAAGAUGCCAAACCCAAGCCAAUUGUCAUUAAUAACCAUGGCGAGACGAUGAAAUUCCUAAAAGCUCAUGUCAAGAAGCGCAUAAUAGAAGAGGAACAAAAACAAAAAGUAGAGUAUACAAUUCCUGUAAUUCAUAUAGCAGAGGAUACAGUUCCUGAAGUUCAGAUAUUGGAGGAUACAGUUGGUAAAGCUCAAAUGGCAGGGGAAACGAAGCAUGUAGAUGAUGAAGUUCAAAUGGCAGAGGAGCCAAAGCAUGUUAAUGAUGAAGUUGAAAUGGAGGAGAAACUGAAGCAUGGAAAUGAUGAAGUUCAAAUAGAGGAGAAACCGAAGCAUGUAAUUGGUGAAGUUCAGAUGAUGGAGGAACCGAAACAUGAACAGGAUGAAGUUCAAAUGGUGGAGGAAACAAAGGAUAUGGAUGCUGAAGCUCAAAUGGUAGAGGCGCCAAAGCAUAUAGAUGCUGAAGCUCAAAUGGUGGAGGAACCAAAGGAUACGAACAUAAAAUUAGGAGAGGAACAUCAACAAACAAAUAAAGAAGAUGACAUUGCAAACCCCAUCACUAUUAACAAUCAUGCCGAGGCGAUGCAAUGUUUAAAUGUCCUGCAAGAAUAUGCCAUGUUGAAUGAGAAUUAUCGAGCUAUUGGACUUUUAACGGAAACGGAAAAAGCAUUCAAAAGUCCGCCUAACCUUUCCGACUUUGAGCUGUAGCAAUCGUGAUAUGUAUAUAGGCAUGUAAAUAUAAGUGUAAUAUAAUUAAGUCAAGCAAUAAAUCGGGUCAGAAUUAA